UCCAUUUCAGUCGUAUUCCGAUCGCGUGAAGUACAUGUUUGUUACUGUUAGCAGUCGUUUUGGUAUGGUUUUAUGUGUGGGAAUUUGGAUGAUACUCUUUUGCCGGAUCCAUAAGCCUUGUUAUUGUGAUAAGGGACGCAAUUUCGCUCCGAUCAAUCUGUGAUGUUCCCGAAGAUGCUGACGAGUGAAGCCGCACAGGAGUGAUCCUCGUCGUAGUGACUGAGAGUCAGAAGUUAGUGCCGACAGAGUGGUAUUGUUGUGCAACCGAAGAGAGCAGGUGCCGUGUUUUGACUUACCUUUUGCGGCGACGGUGACGAGGACGACAACGUUGCGAGGAGUAUCUCUGGUUUCAGAUAGUUGGAUUGUGGAGAAUAGCAGAAAAGAAAGUGUGCACAAGUCAGACGGAAAGUUGAAUAAAACCAAACAGUGAUAACAAGUGAUUGUUUUGUAUAUGGCUCUACCCUCGGCGGUAACGGAAGAGUGCAUAAUAAUUGUUGUAUGUGUCUCUGAUAGCGUCGCAAUCACUGCAAUUGAAUGUGAUUUCUCAACGCGAGUUGAAUGAUUUCCGUCAUCGUCUGAAAAGCACUAACUGGAAGUGAUACAUUUCGCCCGUUGGGAAUUUGAUCGCGCAAUUUUUGUUUUCUGCGAACAAAAACGUGUUAAUUGUACUAAUUCGAUGAUUGUUUAUGUGUACACAUCAAGCUCCAUUCGAAGCUGAAAAUAAAUCAAAUUCACGGCUACUCGUCGGAACGGAGCAGGUUCCGUUUUGUUUUAUUUUAUUUUAUUUUUUCAAAUAAAUAUUGGAAAGAAGAAGUGAAAAAUAAUGCCCUAGGCGGCUGCAUGACAAAUGUGUAUUUGGAAGUUGAAUUGAAAUCAGUGUGCGUUUUUGUGACCUAUAUUGUGUGACGAGAGAAGAAAUAGCCGUGUGUCCGAGGAGAAGCGACCACACACCAGAAAGGAGCCGCAACCGAACAGAAAUUAUACACUGAGAAGACGAAAACAAGAAAAAAAAAGUUUUAAAAAUUCAAAAAAAGUGGUCGCUUGUGCCCAAGGAAUAAUAAUCGGCAGCGUUUCAACGCGAAGCCAUCGUGUGACUUCACAUUAAGAAAUAAAAAAAAAACGGAGGAAAGUGUUGAAUCUUUGAGCCGGUCGACGAGUGAGCGGUGUUGUAAAAAAGCUGCGGCCUAUCUCGUUUCCAGGAAGUACACCGUGUGCCCCACCUUUUACGGGAAGGGACCUAGAACUGCUGUAUCAUCCAUCCUUAAGUUAUCGGUUGGGGGCCAUCUUCCGCCUCAGUAUCUAGCCAACGGUUCUAAGGAUCGGAUCGGAUCGAAGUUGCGCGCUCGAACUCGCACUGAAAGCCGCUGCAAGUCAGUCCCGGUCAGCAUCCGAACGGGGCGUGAGAGUUUACCGAGCAUUUUCGGCAAAAGUCCCACUCCGUCGAGCGUUCCGAAAUUUUGAAGAUAUUCCGUUCGAGUUUUCUGUUUGGGCCGGUUACUUUCGAUUUCGUCCGAUGACGAAGGGGUACCUUUCUGAUCGUGACAACAGUGAAAGAGAAAAAAGUUGAUCGUGAGACUAGACGGUGAUUUCCUUUGCUGCGCGUUUAUCAAAGCAAAAUAGAGAGUGGAACGUUUUAAACAGGUCGGUAGUAGAGGAAAGAAAGCAAAAGUGUUUUACCUAACCUUGAAAAUGAUAUCUCGUGACCUGCUGGUGAAUGUGCUGAAUGGGAUACAACACUAAGGGGCAGAAAGAAAGGGCAGCCUCUUCCCAAAACGGGAAGAAAAGAAACGGCAAUUUCCAGUGAGAGGCUUCAAAAAGAGAAACGCGAUAAUUGCAACGAGAGGAGAAGUGACAAGAUCGUUAAGAAAUCCGUGCAAAGCCAUUGAGUUAUUGUAACUGGAAGAAGACCCGUGUACUGCGGUGUGGCAUUUCCUUGUCCGGUCGACUGCCCAAACGGGGCCCGCGGGUAGAUUGAUAAAUCCGAGUGUAUGUGUACGCGUUGGUACUGAAAAGUGGAAGAUUCAAAUUAAUUUCUACGCAUUCAGGAAACGAUUCUCCCAUACUGCUUAGGGCUGAUUGAGAAACCAGCCAACGAUUACGAGGCUUCCCGCUUGAUCGCUGGCGGAACAGAGGAAACGAUUUUUAAACCAGCAUCGAAAUACCACAAUAAAAUGUGCUAAGCAGAAAUGACAUAUCUGCAGGUUUAUUCCUGGCAGUGAACAAAAAGAUUGCCUGAUGAAAAUGCACUGAAUCCACAUCGUACCGGAACAAUGAAAAAACGAGCUAAAUUAACAAUGUCCUCGCUGACGCUUACUCUGCUAUGCUGUUACUCCUGCAUGCUGGCCGUUGCAAGCGGCUUGCCAAUUACUUCGAAACCACUGGACAACAGUCCGGACCAUCUAACCUGGCAAGCGGCGUGGCUGUCGGGAGAUUCUCGUCCCAGUGGAAUGGGAGGCAAAGCGAAAAAAAUACCGAAAUCAAUCUUCAUUGCACCGCAGCUGAACGGGUAUAAUGGUUCACUCUGUCCACCUGAUACCAAGAUCGACUACAACGGCAAGUGCAUCCAUGUGGUCAACAUCAACACGGCCGACAUCUUGGUUACCAAAUUGCAAAGCAUUCUUGGGAAUGGAGGAGGAACGCCAAAUGCCGGCGGUGAGGAUGACUACGAUUACGACGACGACACAUCGGGUCCGUUCCAGGUGAAUCUACCAUUGAGUAUAGAUCUACCGUUUGAGCAACCGCUUCAACAGUCUAGACCUGUGGACACGUUUUACGACACCACCGUUGAAGAUCGAUUACCGAGUUCGGUUAGAGCCAGUGUAAAGCAGUCUACCGUCGACUCCGUUAACCAACAAUCGACAUUUCCUAUCCAAACGAGUAAACAACCAACCGAUCAAACACCAGCUGAAACUCACACCGAUAUUUCGUUUCUUGCCUUUGAGAGUUUACCAAAUGGUACACUCUCGACACAGCUCGAACUGGAUGGAAAUAACGGAACCGUGGUCCAGAACAUUGUUCUUACUUCCACGUCUGUUGCUCCGCCUACCGUUUCUUUGGAUCCAGUUUAUGCGGACUUUACUAUUUCCACUAGUACAAACGGUGUGGCAAGUACUGAUACGACUUCUACUGUUUUGAGCACCACCACAGAAGAGCUAAGUACGCCAACUACUACUGAAACUGUUUCUCUUCGGGAGAGUGGUUCAUCGAUGAGCACUGGUAAUACAGAUAGCCAGGCUACCGACAGUUCUUUUUCCACAUCAACAGCACCACCAGAUAGUGAUGGCACCGAUACAGAUCUGGAAGAUUUGAAGUCGGAGCUGGCUGAAGAAUCUUUACUGCUAGAACCUAACGCGUUCGCCACUACAGAUGUGCCAUCCGAUGCAAAUACAGAGCAAGUUGGAUUCUUCAGCACUGGUUCGACUUCUAAAGCCGGGAGAUACAAGCCAACCGAAAGUAGUACUCUUCCGGAGCCUACUACGACGAAGGUGCUGAUUCACACAAUGCCACCUGCUUUGCCACAAAUUCAAUCUACUCCGAAACCAGUUCAAAUCGUAACACCGCUACGAUCGAAGUGGUACAGUCCGCCUGGUGCCACACCUCCUCCAUUCAUCGUUGCCAGUUACACUCAACAGGAUCGAACUACAAGGGCUACACCAGAAACAACCACCGUGCCGCAACAGCGCAGCACGGAAACGCCAUUACUGGUGCUAGUCAACGAUACCGAUGUCGAUAAGAGAAAUCGAGUCAGCAUCCACCGUCAAGAGAUGAAAGAAAAUCUCCGUGAAACAAUGGAUACGAACAAUCGCUUCGUCUAUCACCAUCUGCCAGCACCAUCGACGGUUGCAACUACGACCGCCGAUCACAACUAUGUCGAUCAACUUCGAAAAAUUAAUGAAAUUGUGGCCGAAAACAAUCAACGCCAUCAACAGAAUUCCCGAAUCCGGUUCCCAACGCGUAGCGACGAUCAGCAGACAGCAGCUGCCACCAACCACAACAUGGUGCGUUUUCCGGGCUCCGUGUCCAAUCGUGUAACACAACAUGCCAGCCGACUUCCGGACAUUUUUCCAAAGAAAACUUCCACAGAAAGUACUACGCAGCGGCCACCAUUUUGGUGGCUACCCUCUGGUUGGGAAGUGGAUCAAACCGGGCAAAAGCCAAUGCUGCUACGAUUCUGGUCCCGUAUGCCGCUGGUGCGGGAUCAAUCGUUAACUACCAGCACCAGCAGUAGCAACGAUUCCCGAAGCUCCAGCAGCCGAUGGAGACCGGCAUCGGUUGGUUCAACUGGUCACACUUCCCCUUCUUCGGGAACACCGAGGGGCAACUCCCGAAGCCCCAGCGAAAACUUCUACAAGGAGGUCUCAUCGCAGGACAUCUACAAGGUGUUGAACAUGCGCCAGCUGAAGCACAAGAGAUAAAGCCAGUAAACUUCCUUCCGCGGUAGUUUUUCGUCAGCUUUAAGUAUUAUUUAAUUGGAGCACAAUUGUGUAUAGACAAAACAUAACACUAGUGGUACAACGAUUUCUCAUCUAAGGAUCCCUGCCUAACCUUGAAAAGGAAAACGCACACUGCAUACUGAUGAAAUGUGAGGAAUAACUAACUGUCACUUUCUCUUUGGCAAGUUUAUUCUUUCUUUUAUGUUAUGACAAUUUGCGUAGAACCUGUGAUAUUUUUACCAUUUUUUCGCAAACCCCUCCAUAAAACAUAAAAGAAGCAUUUUUAGCCUCUGAAAAUGCCCACUUUUGAAUGAGAACGCUGCUUUUCAACACCUGCGAAUAGAUCUUAUUUUAUCACGCGAUUGAUAGAAUGUGCAAAUCUGUACUGUUUUUAAUCUACAUUCUUCACAUUUCAACAUGGUUAGGAUUUCGUUUGCUACGAGGCAACAAUGUUUUGUAUUUUUGUAAUUAUCGCAUUUCGUCCUAUUGUACAUAUCUUAGAUCUGUUUUUUUUUGCGCUUUUGAAAUGUGUAAUAACUUGCUAAUAAUGAAAAGUUUUAUAUCCAAACUGUUAACAAACAAAUGAAUCAACUUUGUGGAGAAAAAUUAUCGUAUGUGAAAAAUAUUUAUGUCUAUAAUGGAAUAAAAAAUCUAAACCCGGAUUGUGCGGAAAAUCUUACAUACAUAAUGUGCCAAAAAGUAAUAAAAUUGUAUUUUUGUAAUGGCGAAAAGUAAACAGAAAACAUCACUGUAAUUUUGGAGAAGUUGCAUGUUUUGCAUUUUUUUAUCAUAUAAAAACAAUGCAAGCACAAUUUAAAACUGCGCAAUUGAAUCUACUUGACGCUUUAUCUGUAAAUAUACUUAAAUGAGAGUGAAUCAUCAGUAGCUAUAUUCAGCGAGCAUUAUUGGUAUACGUCUGAGUAAUAGAUGUUUAGUGUGUAUAUUGUUAAUCCAAAUUAAAUAUUUUAUUUAAAAUUUAGCCAUUAGUCAAUAUCAAUCUGUCUAAUACACAAAACGCAUGCUUAAAAUUCGCAAAACAAGCCAGGAAAUAACAAAACAACAAUCAAUCAAAUGAGGGAUAAACCAGACGAAACACUGUAGCAGACUAUUGCCAAAAGUUUUACCGUGUAUUAUAUUAAUCAUUUAGAUAAUAGACGUAUGAGUAGUGCUCAGAAAAACUCUUUUCAAAUAUGGAGAUUUGUCGAAACACAGCAGUAAAAUAUACUGAUGAUCGGUAUCUGCCCAUUUCUACGUUGAUCGGAGAUCAUUUAAACAAUUAA